AUGAAUUCACUAACGGAGCUUUUGUUCGCUUCCAACGUCACUGCCACAGCCCGCAAAGACCACCAUGACGUGUACCGGCCCGCUACCGGCAGAAUCGCCCGCUAUCAGGUGAUCGUGUCGUUAGUGCUAGGCCUAUCAGCGUUUCUUACCUUCUCGUUUCUUCGAGUACGGUACCCCAAAAUCUACGUGGCCAACUUCAACAGCUUCAACAGCAACUAUUUGCACUCGACGUCUCGGAGAAAGCUUCCCAAAAUCCCGGCCAAGUCGUUGUUUGGAUGGAUUCCCAUUGUGUACGGCAUCAGUGAAGAGCAGAUCUUGGAGCAUGCUGGACUUGAUGCGGUGGUUUUCUUGGGCUUCUUCAAGAUGUGUAUCAAGAUCAUCACCACCUGUCUUUUCUUGGCUAUCACCAUCUUGUCGCCAGUACGAUACUACUUCACAGGACGUUUGGACCAGGAUUAUCCCAGCGACAGCGAAGAUGAGGGCGACAACAUGGCCAAGAGAAUGUGGUGGGGGGUGCUUGACUCCGAGAACGCCGAGGGGUCGUACCAGCACUUUUUAUGGCUGUACACCGCCUUCACGUAUGUGUUCACGUUUAUUGUGUGCUACUUUCUAUUUAAGCAGACAGUCAAAAUAAUCAACAUGAGACAGGCGUACCUCGGGAGCCAGAACUCCAUCACAGACAGAACAAUCAAGUUAUCAGGAAUUCCUCCUGUGUUGCGCGACGAAGAGGACUUGAAGAGACAUAUAGAGAGCUUGGGAAUAGGCGAGGUGGACUCCAUCGUGAUAGUCAAAGAAUGGACCAGCUUGAACAACUUAUUCAACUUGCGAAAGAAAAUCCUUCGCAAUUUAGAAGUGCAAUGGGUAGAAUAUUUCAAAAGAAGUGGUAUUGCCAAUAAGAACGACUUGCUUUCAGCUAAUAUACACCCCAAUUUGGGAGAUACCAUCAAUUUGGAUGAGAGAUAUUCAGACUCUCCCCAAGAAUCUCCCCUGCAGUCUCCGCCACAAUCAAACACCCCCAGAUCAUCGAUUAUUGAACAGAUUACCGAGAUCAUAGAACAAGCAGACCAGGGUCUUGACGAUUCCACCAACAACUUGCCGUUGUUAAACGAUGAAUUGAACUGCAGACCUCAGAUCAACAAAGGGUUUCUUGGCUGGUUUGGACCAAAAGUAGACGCAAUUAAUUACUACACCGAACAGUUGGAGAUAAUAGACAAGGAGAUUCUGAGGGCAAGGUCUAAGGAAUACCCAGCCACAUCCACGUCAUUCAUUACGAUGAAGACGGUGGCCCAAGCUCAAAUGGUGGCCCAGGCCGUUUUGGACCCCAAGAUCAACCACUUGAUCACUAACCUUGCCCCUGCGCCUCAUGAUAUCAGAUGGGAGAACUUGUGCUUAUCCAGAAGUGAGAGGAACACGAGAAUAUUCUUUACCACCGUAUUUAUCGGUAUUUUAAGCAUCUUAUUGGUGUUUCCAGUCAGUUAUUUGGCGAACUUUUUGAAUGUAAAGUCGAUAUCCAGAGUGUGGCCCAAAUUGGGAGAGCUCUUGAAAGCCAAUAAGUGGGCGGAAACUUUAAUAACGGGUUUGCUACCAACAUAUAUUUUCACCAUUUUGAACUUGAUCAUGCCUUACUUUUAUAUCUGGAUAUCUAAAAGACAAGGUUUCACCUCUCAUAGUGACGAAGAGCUUUCAACCGUUUCAAAGAAUUUCUUCUACAUCUUUGUCAAUUUGUUUUUGAUUUUCACUGUUUUUGGUACUGCUUCUUUGAGUGACACAAGCAAGAUUGCGAAUCAAUUGGCACAGUCCUUGAGAGAUCUUUCCUUGUUCUAUGUUGACUUAAUUAUUUUGCAGGGAUUGGGUAUAUUCCCAUACAAGUUAUUAUUGUUGGGCAACUUGAUAAAGUUUCCUUUGGGAAGUAUUUUCUGGUGUAAAACACCUAGGGACCAUCUCAAGUUGUAUAAACCCCCAGUCUUUAAUUUUGGAUUACAAUUGCCACAGCCAAUCUUGAUCUUCAUUAUUACUAUUGUUUACUCAGUGAUGUCGAGCAAAAUCCUUACAGCUGGGUUGAUUUACUUCAUCAUCGGAUUUUUUGUGUGCAAGUAUCAACUUUUGUAUGCAUGUGUCCAUCCACCACAUUCUACAGGUAAGGUUUGGCCGUUGGUGUUUCGCAGAAUAAUUCUUGGUCUUUUAUUGUUCCAAUUGACCAUGGUAGGAACCUUGGCCUUACAGAAGGCAUACAUUUGCGCAUCGUUCCUUGCACCAUUGCCUCUCUUGACGCUAAGUCUAUUGUGGAAUUUUCAAAAGAAUUACAUACCAUUGUCUAUUUUCAUUGCCUUGAGAUCCAUCGAAAAUGACCAAACUUUCAGAAAUGAUGACCAAGAAAACGUCUGGCAGCUGAACGAUAGAACUUUGGAUGAGCGAAGGGAAUUAAACAAGACAUACGAGUUCCCUCACCUUUUAGACGAUUUGGAUGGUCCAUUGAUUGCCAUUGAUGGAAACGAUGUAUUAAUGAUAAAUAAGGAAGGGCUUAGUAUCAAGAGCACGCAAGACUUCGAGCAGUGGGAUUAG